CUAGGUGUUGAUAACAAAAUUACGUUCUGCCAACACAGUGGAAACUAGACAAUACCGUAAAGCUGCGAAAGCUUUAUUGGUGUUGAUACCGUUGUUUGGUAUCACAUAUUUAGUUGUAUUAGCUGGUCCCAGUGAGGGUGGUGUCAUGAGUCAUAUGUUUGCCAUAUUACGAGCUUUUCUACUAAGCACCCAAGGCUUUUCAGUUUCAUUAUUCUAUUGUUUUUUAAAUUCUGAAGUCAGAAAUGCUUUAAAGCAUCAUAUAUCAACCUGGCAGGAUUCUCGUAAUAUAAGACUAAAUCAAUCAAGAAGAUACGUUUCUAAGGGUUUUGCCAAAGAUACUUCACCCAAUACGGAAAGUAAAAGGCCUUUAACUUCAUAUUAUGGUAAGGGUAAAAGAGAAUCUUGUGUUUCAUCGGCCACAACCACAACAUUAGUUGGUCAACAACAUUCUCUAUCAUUACAACGAGGCUCAAAUGGUGCCCUACACAUGUUGCCCACCGCUACCGCUCUAACCGUUAUGCCCCGAGCUGUAAGUCCUUUGAUGAAG